AAAAUAAUGAAAAGAAAACAUUUAGUCUCUUAUUUUCUAGUUUCUGCUUCUUUUCUCCUUGUUUUAUUCCACACACCCCUUUUUUAUAUAAAAAAUUUUAAUUCAUAAAAGGAAAAAAACAAUGCUCGUUCUUUACGAAACCGCCGCUGGUUACGCGCUGUUCAAGCUGCUUGAUGAUAGCAAGCUGUCCAAGGGCGACUCCCUGUACAAGGAGUUCGAGACCCCCGCUGCCGCGCACAAGUCGGUUAAGCUGCAGGCUUUCCACAAGUUUGAGAACACCGUUGAUGCUCUGUCCGCGGUUACCGCUCUUGUUGAGGGAAAGAUUGCCAAGAACCUGAAGCACUUCCUGACCACCGAUGUCAGCGAGAAGGAGUGGAAGAAGGAGAAGCUGGCUGUUGCCGACUCGAAGCUUGCCAGUGCCAUCUCCAAGAAGCUCAACAUUAACGUUGUUGCCGACUCCUCGGUCAACGAGCUUUAUCGUGGUAUCCGUAGCCAGAUCGAUACCCUUUUGACCAGCGUGUCCGCCGCCGAUAUGGCCGCUAUGGAGCUUGGUCUGUCGCACUCGCUGUCGCGCUAUAAGCUCAAGUUCUCGCCCGAUAAGGUUGACACCAUGAUUGUCCAGGCUAUUUCGCUCUUGGACGAUCUUGAUAAGGAGCUCAACACAUACGCGAUGCGCGUCAAGGAGUGGUACGGAUGGCACUUCCCCGAGAUGGCCAAGAUUAUCAACGAUAACCUGGCCUACUCGCGCGUCAUCAAGAAGGCCGGUUUCCGCUCGAACAUCAGCGAGACCGAUCUUGGAGAGAUUCUGCCCGAGGAGCUCGAGGCUGAGGUCAAGGAGGCUGCCGAGAUCUCCAUGGGUACUGAGAUUAGCGACGAGGAUCUGCUCAACGUCACUGCGCUCUGCGACCAGGUCAUUUCGAUCACUGAGUAUCGCACCCAGCUGUACGAGUACCUGAAGAACCGCAUGUUCGCCAUUGCCCCCAACCUCACUGCCCUUGUUGGCGAGCUCGUUGGUGCCCGCCUUAUUUCCCACGCCGGUUCCCUGAUGACCCUGGCCAAGUACCCCGCCUCGACCAUCCAGAUCCUGGGUGCUGAGAAGGCCCUUUUCCGCGCCCUCAAGACCAAGCACGACACACCCAAGUACGGUCUCAUCUACCACGCCUCACUUGUCGGCCAGGCUGGCCCCAAGUCCAAGGGUAAGAUCGCUCGUCUGACUGCCACCAAGACCUCCAUUGCCGUCCGUGUCGACGCCCUGGGUGACUCUGACUCCGCCGAGGUCGGUAUUGAUGGCCGCGUCAAGGUUGAGAACCGCCUGCGCCAGCUCGAGGGCCGGUUUGCCGCCAAGGCCGCCCGCUCUGACCGCGCCAGCGCUCCCAACGCCACUCAGAAGAAGUUCGAGAAGAAGGACGUCUCUUCUUACAACGCCUCGGCUGACGUUGUCAUGACCUCCACACCAGUUGUCGCCAAGUCGAGCGAGAAGAAGCGAGAAGAGCGACAAGAAGGAGAAGAAGUCUAAGAAGGAGGCCAAGGUUGAGGAGGUUGAGGAGGUCAAGGAGGAGAAGAAGGAGAAGAAGGAGAAGAAGAAGGAGAAGACCGACAAGAAGGAGAAGACCGACAAGAAGGAGAAGACCGACAAGAAGGAGAAGAAGGACAAGAAGAAGAAGGAUUAAACUUGCUAUUUUUCUUGCGUUUUCACUUAUAGUCAAUAUUACUUUAAAAUUUCAAUGAAAAAAGAAACCAUCCAUAUCUCACA